AGCGUCUGCGUCGCUUUCUCCUCGUGGACGCCCUCAAACGGCUAUAUAAGGGCUGCGUUCCCUUAGCCAGUCCAGUCUAGUUUUGUACUUCAAACUACAUUAAAGUGUACAUUAAAGUGCCUGUCAAAUCCAUAGUGAGUUUAUAGUGUUAUUACCUCAACCUCUUCCCUGAUUCCUCCGGUCGCGUCACGAAAAAUUCCACGAUACGACAAACGAUGGAGUUAUUUCCUGGAUCGGUGGAAAAUAUUUUGAUGAUGGCAGUUAAAUUGAAUGAAAUAGAAAUUGUAAGAGAAACGAUUAAUAAUAAUGAUCGUUUACCGUUGGUAGAGAAUGGUACAUUAUUAUGGGUAGCUGUAAGUAAAUGUAAUAGUGAAAUAGCGAAGAUACUAGUACAAGCAGGUGCUGAUGUGAACGUAAAAACGGUAAGCAGAGGGUUGAGUCUUUUGCAUUUCCUUGCUGUAAAGGAAUAUCCAGAUAUCGAUUUGGCUGUAUUUUUGAUGGAUAAUGGAGCUGAGAUCAAUGCUGUUAACAACCAUAACACGACUGUCCUUGAUUGGGCCAUAUAUUUUGGAAAGACUGCUAUGGUCGAGGAACUUUUGAAUAGGGGAGCUCGAGUUACAAAUAUUACUUUGACUGCGAUUACCAAUUGCCACAAACCAACUGAAUUGAUACCAUUAAUCAUUAAUGAUCCCGAUGUGGAAACGAGAGACAACCGUGCAAUUGCUAUAUUUUUAUUCCUCAUGCUGCAACCAAUUAUAAAAUAUGAAAUUCUCCGGAUGAUGAUAAAUCUAGGCAUACCUUUGAACCGAAAAACCGAAUCAGGACACUCUCUUCUUCAAAUUGCAGUGAAAAUGAGAGACUUUGAUUUGAUAACAUUUCUACUGGAUCAUGGUGCGGACGUCAAUUUACGAACCGACAAAAGUUUUUAUCCGUUGAUUAUUGCGAUAUCGCUAAGAGAUAUUGUGAUCACCAAGGUACUUAUCAAGUACGGCGCUAAUAUUCACGAGAACUGCACUAACCACGGCAGUCGUCCUAUACACUUUGCUUGCUCGAAUUUAUCAGACGAAAUCAUAACAUUACUGCUGAAACUUGGAGUUGAUAUAUCUGUCACAACGAAUAAAGGCUGGACUUCCUUAUCUCUAAUGUCAUGUGAAGACAACUAUUUAAAUCAGUCUGUGCUAGUCGUCAUUAAACAUAUUGCUUUAUUGAUGUGUCAAGGUAUUACAGUUUCUGAACUAGACUUGCAGAUUAUUUGUGAUAAACCUAUAGCUCAUAUUGCUUUUGAAAAUUGUAUGGACGAAUUAGUAUUCAUGCAACAUUAUAUAAUUUAUGGUAAUAUUACACAAUUUUGUAUCAUAAGUUAUUCUGUGGAACAAUUGUCGAUGUUAGUGAGAAACAAUGAUUUCAUCAGAAAUUAUAGUCAGAAUCAAGAACUAAGGAGAAUUCAGUUUCCAUUUUACAACAGAGAUAUGGAAAUUAGAUUUAGAAUUGCUGAAAUGAGAAACAAUAUUAUAAGUUCCAAAGAAAAAUUUGUAGAUCAAAUUUUUCAUAAUAUUCUUCCUUUAGUUAUUCUCAAAAUAAUUGCAUAUUACUUGUGUCUCGACAAAAUCCAAAAUUUGGAAAGAAAUUUUUAUCUUUCUUGAGAAAAAUAUUGUGCGGUUAUUAUUCUUUUUUAUGUACUGACGUCGUCUAUUAUAUUUCGAAAGACAGAUUACUUUGCAGAGUAUAGAUUCUUAACUAAUAAAUAUUAACUAAUUGUAUUUAGUAUAAUUAUUUACUGUACGUUUAUUUGAAAAAUUAGUCAAACAGCAAUGUUAUUCUCAAAAUAUUUAGUUGGUUUAUGAUAAUGGGUACAAUUAUCAAGCUGCAGUAAGAUUAACAUAAUAAAAUAUUGCACUAAGAUUAGCGUAACAAGCAUACAAGUCAGAACUCCGUUUGCAACGAUUAAGUUUGAAUUUUUGACUGUGGCAGAAUGUCUUAACUCUUAUAGUCAACAUGGCAAAAAUUUCACAACAGUGAUCUUGAAACUAUUCCCGUAAAACGUGAAACUGAUAAAACAUAGGAAAACUAUUUAAAAGAGUUAGUGAAUAUAAAAAAAAUAAAAUCUUAAACGACUUAUCACUAUUCUUUUAGGCAAAAAGUGCAAGUCAACUAUCAAUAUUGGUGAAAAAUUAAGAAUUCAUCAGUAAUUUUAACAGUAAAUUUAAAUAAAUUAAGUUUAAAACUGCAUAGAAAAGACAAAAGUAUCGUGUUUUACCAAACGAUCUACUUCUGAGCUUAUUAUAUUUUUUACCAACCAGACAAGAUAGAAUAUUGUUUGUAUUUAGACGAAUAAAAUAAACUUAAAAUAAAUUAUCAUUUGCA